AUGACGUCGUCAUCGCCGCACAACAUUACGUGGACAACAACCACCGUCGCCGUCGCCGUGCUGCUGCUAUUGAUCAUCACCGGCAGCAGCGGGUUCAGUACUCCUCCGGCGCGCUACAAUAAUAUCAGCAGCAGCAGCAGCUUGGCGGCGGGGCGGAGGAGGGCCGGAGGGUGGAAGAUGAAGUGGAGAUGGUGGUACAGAAGAAAAGUCGAGCCGUCGGAGAUUCUCCUCGGAAGUAGCGAAGCUGUGAAGGGAAGCAGCUUUUCCCACCACCGUCUCCGCUACACCAAACAAAGCGAGCAGCUAGAAUCCACCGCCGCCCCGGCGCCGCCGCCUGCCGAAGGAUGCGGAUCGUCGAUUCAGCCGCCAUCAUCGUCGCUGUCCGAGUCUCCUAUGGUCGCUCGUUAG